UGACCUUCCUGGCGAAGAUUCUUUUUCAUCUGGUGAGACCAGUGAUAAUAUAUCAGUUGGUUCUGAUAGUGAGGCCGCUUUAAUAAUUUCCCUAGAAAAUCAAUCUCACGUAACAAAAAAAAGUAAAUUGGUACAUCCAAAACAUAAGCGAAAGUAUAUAAAAUCUAGUUGGGUAUGGAAAUACUUUAAAGUAAGCAAGGAUGGACAAUAUGACAUUUGUGAAGUUGAAAUCCUAAACUUAAAUAAUAAAACAGUUAAAUGUGACCAUAAAUUUUUGCAUAACGGUAGUACUGGAAAUAUGAGUG